AUGUUUCUGUCUCUUCCUACAUUGACUGUCCUUAUUCCAUUGGUCUCUUUAGCAGGACUGUUCUACUCGGCCUCUAUGGAAGAAAACUUCCCGCAGGGCUGCACGAGCACAGCCAGCCUCUGCUUUUACAGCCUGCUCUUGCCCAUUACCAUACCAGUGUAUGUGUUCUUCCACCUUUGGACUUGGAUGGGUAUUAAACUCUUCAGGCAUAAUUAAUGCAACCAGAGCCAAGAUGGUAUAUACAUUAAUAAUAAGUCUUGAGCAUCUGUCUCUGAAAGCUCAACUACAUGGACAUACUGGAAACCAACUUAAUUUUCAGGAAAAGAUCCUAUACCUUGCUUCUGUCAAAGGUUUAGAGCUAUGGGAGGCUUAAGCUGCAGAAACUUCUUUAGUAUACUUUGGUUCUGCUCUUAUUUAUUGAAAGUUCUAAUUCAUAACUGCUGUAUCAGAAGCAAUUCAACACUGUGGCUUGUUGGAAAUGAACAACUCUAACCAUCAUCUAAUGACUUUAUUUCAUUUCCCUUUCAUCUAAAAGUUAAUAAUUUGAAAUUUUAUGUUUUAGAAACUCUUUGGUGAAGUCACAUGUUACAGAUAACUGAAAUAAUUCCAAAGGACCUGUGUUGCAGUAGUUGUAAAGAAAUGCAUUGGAACUACUGUGAUAUAAAACUAUAAUAAAAUGGAAAUUUCAUGAACUUGCAAAA